AUGAAAUCACACCAGGUGACUCAAGAGCUACUCUCAUUUUUAGUUUUUUGAAAACUGUUUUUUCUUUUUUUUUCAGAUGUGAUGAAUUUCUUUCUAAGCAUUACAGCCUUCACAGUACUCGCAGAAUUUGCUCUUGGAAGCUUUGCCAAUGUCUUCAUUCUUCUGGUGAACUGCACUGACUGCAUCAAGAGAAGAAAAAUCUCCUCAGCUGAUCAAAUUCUCACGGCUCUGGCCAUCUUCAGGAUUGGCAUGCUUUCGGUAAUAUUAGUGAAUUGGUGUUCAGAUGUGUUUAAACCAGCUUUAUUUUUACAAGCAACAGUUAGUAUUUGUGUUGGUUGGGCAGUAACCAACCAUUUUAGUACCUGGCUGGCAACUACACUAAGCAUAUUUUAUUUGUUGAAGAUAGGCAAUUUCUCUAAUCUUAUUUUUCUUGGCCUGAAGGCAAAAAUUAAGAGUGUCAUUGUAGUUGUGCUUUUGGGGAGUUUGGUGCUUUUAUUUCCUAAUCUUAUGACGGCAUCCAUAUGUGAGUCAAUCCUAGUGAAUGGACACAGAGGCAACUUGACUAGAAAGACCAAACUGACUUAUGUCAUAAACCUUACAGCCAAGAUGGCAUUCACUCUGGAUAAUGUCAUUCCCUUCACCAUAUCCAUGAUCUGCUUUCUGCUGUUAAUCUACUCCCUUUGUAAACACCUUAGGACAAUGAAGCUUUAUGGAAAAGGAUACCAAGAUCCCAGUGCUUUGGCUCACAUUAAGGCUUUGCAAGCUGUGAUUUCCUUUCUGUUGUUAUUUUCCCUGUUCAUUCUUUCUAUAAUGACAUUCUGUUUCAAUAAUACAAAGUCUCUGGAUGAACCAGUCUACCUGAUUUGCUAUGUUUUUGGAACCUUGUAUCCCUCGAGCCAUUCCUUCAUCCUGAUAUGGGGAAACAAGAGGAUCAAACAGGCCUUUGUGUUGGUGAUGGUACAGGUAAAGGCAAAGCUUUGGCUGAGAGAACAGAAGCCUUAA